AUCAAUCGCCCACUCGUAAUUGUUCAAAUAAUUUGCGGAUGGAUCAUUUUUAAACCGCUAUUCAACUUACCCACAUGUCCACACAAAACUGUAAUAAUGCUAUGGCCUAUGUAUUUGUAGAUACGGUCCACAGUUGUUUUGGUUACGGCCUGUUGGGUCAUGUUUUGAUAACAAUUUUGGGUAAAAAAAAAACAGGGGAUGAUUGCAUAUCAAUUGGGUCCGGGUGCUCGAAUGUCGAUAUUGAGGGCCUAACUUGUGGGCCAAGUCACGGGAUCAGGUACUUUUCCCCCUCACUCUCAUCUUCUGUGUUUUCUUCCCAUGUUUGGCCUAGUUUUCAUCAUCCUUUCUUUCCCCACUCGCUUACAAAUGGUUAAUCAUUUCUGUACCGAAUUAUACCGUAGUGGGUGAAAUUGGAAAUUGGAAUAUAGUCGAUAACAUGUUGAUGGAAUACAAUUAUUAGAUAAUAAUAAUAUACUCAAUUAGUAAUAUAUCAGUAUUAUAUUGACCAGAACAACAAACCAUGAUAAAUACAGCAGAUAAGCAACUUAACUUCAUAUUACUUUGUAUAAAUCACAAAUAUAUGAUUCAUUCUAGCAUAUGUAUAGUGAUUUAUUGUAUUUACCUCUUAUUACCCAUAUAUGGUAGUAUUGGGAGCCUAGGAGUGCACAACUCCAAAGCAUGUGUGUACAACAUAACGGCCCGAAACCUGGUGAUCCGCGAGUCAGACAACGGGGUCCGGAUCAAGACGUGGCAGGGCGGUUCUGGGUCCGUCUCCAACAUCCACUUCGAGAACAUCCAGAUGGAGAACGUCCGGAACUGCAUGAUGAUCGAUCAAUACUACUGCAACGCCAAGUCAUGCUCCAACCAGACCUCCGCCGUCUACAUCAACGACAUCUCCUUCCGCAACAUCAAGGGCACCUACGACGUCCGCAACGCCCCCGUGCGCUUCGCCUGCAGCGACGCCGUAGCAUGCACCAACAUCACGCUGUCUGAGGUGGAGCUCCUCCCCCACGAGGGGGAGCUCCUUGACGACCCCUUCUGUUGGAACGCUUAUGGUGUCGAGGAGACCGUCACCAUCCCACCCGUCGACUGCCUGAACGACGGGGAGCCUCAAAAUGUUGGGGAGCUCGAUAACUAUGUUUGCUCGUGACGCCUACCUGACUGAGAGCGAAUAUGGUUUUAUUGAGCUAUUUCACGAUGAGUAUUGAUGACACGAGCCGGGUCAACACAGAUCUGAUCGAGUGGUGGUGUUUCGAGUUUCGAAAUAUUAUAUAAUAUAUGAAUAGGAUAGGGGGGCAUAUAGUAGAAACUAGAAAUGUAGAGGUUGGGGUUUAGGUGGUGUCGUAUAUGUAGAGGGGAGGACACUUCCAGGGCUAUUAUAUGGCCAUUAUUGAUGUGCUAUUGUGGAGUUGGAGGGGACUUGUCACUACUCACUAGCUAUAGUAGUUAUUAGCUUCCAUCAUCAUCCCUAUUUGGGGCUAUUUCUUAUGAUUCCCUUAUUGUGCGAUGAACAUAAGGUUUGAGCACAUGUACGUGUGCAGUUUUACUGUAUUAUUGUUCACUUUGGAUAAAAUAUAUGAUUGCUAGUGGGCUCUAUGGUCUCAUUUUGAGUUAUAAAAUGUGGGCAUGAUU